AACUUGAUCUUGGUCCGACUCUCCCUGCCCGGGUGGUGGGGUUUUCCUUGUUGCGACACCGAUUACAUCAAGCGGACCCAUUUCGGCCCAGCUUUCACCGGCUUCAGUGUGCCACGACGAUGCGGAACGCCUGCUUCUUCUCCUUCCUGUUAUUGUCCGCCCUCACGGUAACAGCCGAACCGGCAGGAGUGGUCCAAGCUUUACUCGAAGGCACCUUCGGCACGCCGCUUUUCUACCGGACCCAAACCGUCAAAUUCGACUCGGAAGUGGCGAAACGCCGCAAUCCCGAGUUCGAGGCGAUCCACGGCCAUCAUUCGGAGUACCUGAUCGAACGUUUCGGCCUGGGCGAAGACGGACGUCAAGCGGAACGCCUUCAGAAGCAGAGACAAAGGGACGCGCAACUUUAUACAAACAACUACUAGUUUAAUAUCUUUUUAUAAUUUUUAAAUAAAAUAGUUUUUUAAUGUU